GCCGCGCGCCGACGGCCGACUCGCUUCAGGAGCGUCCGCUCCUGUCAGCAGCAGUCGCCGUCGUCCUGUGCCGCGUGCGCAGGCAGGGCAGCUCGCGCCCACCGGCCGCUCGGCUCGUUCGUGUCCGCUGCGAUGCCCACAUCGACCCGAGCGGACGCGUGACCCGCCCGCCGCGCCGCCCGUGCCGCCCCCAUGGCCUGCAUCAAGACGGAGGAUGCGCCCUGGGAGGGCGGACCGGCGCCGCACGCCCCGUCCAACAAGACUGGACAGAAGAACAUCAUCCAGAUUUACACCGACUGGGCCAACCACUAUCUGGACAAGGGAAAGUGCAAGCGUCACAUCCAGACCCUGCAAAAUGACGUCGUCGAUGGCGUCAUUAUCAGUGAUGUCAUUGAAGCUGUCACCGGCCAGAAGGUCGCCGACGUCAACCGACGGCCGAAGACGCGCGCGCAGAUGCUCCAGAACCUGGACCUCUGUCUGGCCCAGCUCAGGUCGAUGGGCGUGGCCGUGGACGACGUGCAGAGCGAUGACGUCAUCGACGGCAAGCUGAAACCCAUCCUGGGCCUGUUCUUCCAGCUGUCGCGACACAAGCAGCAGCAGCAGAAGCGGAAGCCGCGGGCCGAGAUGGCCGGCCAGCACGCCGCCACCAAAGUCCCGACCGGCGGCAAGUCGGGCAUCAGCUGUAUACCGUCAGCCCGCGAUCGCCAGACGGCCGACACAAGACCAAACAAUCGUUGCUGCAAAAGCCCUCCUCGGCGGCCAGCAGUCGCUCCACCAGCCCCACCAGCAUGUCCGGCUCGCGCAGCCGCCUGGCCGGUCAGAGGUCGGCGCUCUCCACUCCGAGGAUGGCGCGCGCUUCCGCCGCCAAGUCCGCGCCGUCUGCCGCCGGCGCCGCCGCCAAGACGCCGCAGGCCAAGUCCGGCAUGGGCGCGCCGGCCAGCCCCGCCGUCGCCAAAGACAGGGGCAAAGCCAGAACAGGUGGCAACGUCAUCAAGCGAACUUCCAGCUCCAGUGGGUUCAGCUCGGCCCGCUCCGAAAAAUCCGAUUCGUCUUCCAACGUCAAUGCGACGGACUCCUGCUCUAUGGCCUCGCCCUCGGAGGCAGCGGGGGCCGCGGAGCCGGCGGCGGCACGGCCGGCCGCCGAGGGGUACGGCUCGCUGUCGCGGCGCGGCGGCCAGCGCUCGCUGCUACAGGCGCCCCAGCAGCGGCGCGCCGGGCUUCGAGCCUGGCCAGCAGCUGCAGUGGCACGCCCGCCUCUAG